AUGGACAAAAUAACAAGUCGAGGACCACCUUCACCAAGAAGAAUUGACCCAUCGCAACUACGGAACCAAAACCACACUCCAACAAAACAAUCAAAUACCAACAAUCCGAAUACAGCUCAGGGAGGCUACACUCUCGCAAGCGAGGGGCCAUGUAUUAGAGAGGCCUUUGAUGCAGCAGUCGGCAAAGUCACUGCUACAGUAGUACGCGUCAAAGUAUAUGCCGGUGACGCCGAUCAGUCCGUCCUCCUGAAAUUUCCUCCCGGUGAACCUGUACUCGCCGGUGAUGUCGCUGAUGCCGUUGCGAGGAAGGUCGGGCUAGGGAAUGGGCCUUCGAGAAAGAUGUUUUCGCUCUGGAUGGUUAGCAAGGAUUUAGAGAUUCAAAUACGACCAAACUUGGAUAUAUUCGAAGUCAAACAGAAAUGGCCACGGUGGAUGGUGAAAUAUACCCACUUCCCUGAAGCUGAAGAUCCUGAUCACCCAAUCAAUGACGCCUUGCUCGUGUUUCGACGAGAUGCGACUAUACCCAAGAGUGUGGACAGGAAGACUACUGAUGAUGCAGUGUUGAGAUUACUGUAUGGUGAAACCAAGGACAAUGUGAUUAGCGGAAGAUAUCCAUGUUCGAUAAACGAUGCAAUCACACUCGCUGCAAUUCGAAUGCAAAUCGUAUAUGGAGAUAGUGAUCCUCGCAAACAUGGACCUGGGUUCAUCACAGGUGCCAGUCUCCUAAAACAAAUGAUACCUGGCCCAUUAAUGAGUCGCCUACCACAAGAAGAAUGGGAGGCCUUGAUUCUCAAAGAACAUGCCAAAUACAGGGGCAAAUCAAGCAUGAUUGCUCGUAUGCUGUAUCUCCAAUACGUUCGUCAAUGGUCGUGCUAUGGAAGUGCCUGGUUUCCGGCUUGUAAAGAAGUUCCACCGGGUGGUUACUUUGAAUUCCGCACGCAGAAAUGGUUGUUGGGAUUGAAUGCUGAGGGGAUGGUUGUUGUUGAUCAGAACAAAUACAAAAUCGCAUUCGCCCAACCAUGGGAAGAUCUAGAAUGGACGUUCUCGCCCGACACAUUCAUAGUAGACUACCGUCACGAACGGCAAAAGAUGCAGCUCACAGUAAUCACACCCCAAGCAGCCAUGAUUGACAAUCUCGCAACAAGGCAAGCAUACCUCGUUGACAAGGCCGCCCAAGAUUUACACGAUCGACGUCUCGCCGCAUCCAAAUCCCAAGAUCUAAACCAAUCACUUGGAAGUGGUCUCGUAGCAGUCGGAUUCGCAACCAAAGCCGAGUCCAUGGAAUCGAACAUGAACCUAUCCUCCCCACCAACGAAAUUCGCACCUAUCGCCCUCCUAUCAAACUCACCACCCAAAACUGAUAUAAUGCAGCAUGCUAAUGCGUAUAUCGAAGAACGCAAAGAGUUUAGACAACGCUCAAACUCGAAUAAUAAGGGUGGGCCGUCGCAUAGUGCGAAUGUUGUUGUGCCUGCUGAUGUGAAAUUACAUGUGCCGCAACAGCAACAACAGCAGCCAGGAAAGUUUAGUAGUCCUACGACACCGUUGAAUCAGGACCAGAAACAGGCACAGGAGAUGAUUGAUGCUCUGUUUGCUCAUAGUUUGGCGCAUGCGUGA